AUGAACGUGGCCCGCUUCAACUUUUCGCACGGUGACCACGCCAGCCACUUGUCCUGCCUGAACCGCCUGCGUGGUGCGUUGGGCAAGCGUCCCAAUAAGAACAUCCGCACGGGGUUCCUGGCCAACAAGGAUAAGGUGACGAUCCAGAAAGACUCGCUGAUCGAGCUGACGACGGACUACGAGUUCCUCGGUGACGAGACCAAGAUCGCAUGCUCAUACCCGCAGCUGCCAGAGUCCGUGAAGGUUGGCGGUUCGGUGCUGGUGGCCGAUGGUUCGCUGGUGCUGACGGUCACGGAGAUCAAGGACAAUGGUAUCGUUUGUCGUGCUAACAACACGGCCACUCUGGGCGAGCGCAAGAACAUGAACCUCCCCGGGUGCAAGGUGCUACUACCGACUCUGACUGAGAAGGACGAGGACGACCUCAUUAACUUCGGCCUGGUGCACGGCAUUGACUACAUCGCCGCUUCAUUUGUCCGCACUGGCCAGGAUGUUGACAACAUCCGAAAGGUGCUUGGCCGCCGUGGCCGUGGCAUCAAGAUCAUCUCGAAGAUUGAGUCGCACGAGGGCAUGGAAAACUUCGACGAGAUCCUGGCCAAGACGGACGGCAUCAUGGUUGCUCGUGGUGAUCUGGGCAUGGAGAUCCCUCCCGAGACGGUGUUCCUCGCGCAGAAGAUGAUGAUCCGCAAGGCCAACCUGGCUGGUAAACCUGUGGUGACCGCCACACAGAUGCUGGAGUCGAUGAUCAAGGCCCCGCGACCGACCCGUGCCGAGUGCACGGAUGUGGCCAACGCCGUGCUUGACGGCACUGACGCUGUGAUGCUUUCGGGUGAGAGUGCCAACGGCGACUACCCUAAGCAGGCUGUCGAGGUGAUGUCCGCUACGUGCCUGCAGGCAGAGACUGCUAUCCACUACAACGAUGUGUAUCAGUCACUGCGAAAUGCAGUGCUGGAGGUAAAUGGUCCGAUGGAGACGGCUGAGGCUGUUGCUUCGUCGGCUGUGAAGACGGCCAUCGAUAUCAACGCGAAGAUGCUGGUGGUGCUGACGGAGACGGGCAAUACGGCCCGCCUGGUUGCCAAGUACCGUCCUGAGAUGCCGGUGUUGGUUCUGACGGCGCUGGAGCAGACUGCCCGUCAGACGGAGGGCUUCGUCAAGGGUGUUGUGUCACGUUGCGUGGGCUCUAUGAUCGGCCCGGACUCGAUCCUGUAUCGCGCCACGGAAACCGGCAAGGAUCUAGGCUGGCUGAAAAAGGGCGAUGCCGUGGUUGCCGUGCAUGGUAUCCAGGAGGCCAAGUCUGGCUCAACGAAUCUGCUGAAGGUCCUACGUCGAGUGAGCGCGCAAUUGAGUCCUGUAGCUUUGAAAUCCUCAUAUAUGUAG